AUGCAUGGAACCGAGAUUCCAGUUGGCAACCAAAUGGAGGCACUGGAGGACGCGUCGACUUAUGGCGGCGGCGCUGUGGACCCGCUGCCUCCGUCAGUGGAGAUAUCUGAAGGCGGUGAGUUCGCCGUUAACGGACCUAUUCCACCGGCUCCGGCGGAGGAGGGUUUUGCUCUGAGAGAGUGGAGAAGAUCAAAUGCGAUUCGGCUGGAGGAGAAAGAGAGGAGGGAGAAGGAGGUGUUGGAGGAAAUAAUCAAGGAAGCCGAUGAAUUUAAAGCGGAGUACUACAGGAAAUGGAAGAUUAGGUGUGAGAAUAGCAGAGCUGUCAACAGGGAAAAGGAAAAGUUGUUUCUAGAAAGCAGAGAGAAAUUCCAUGCUGAAGCUGAUCAAAGUUACUGGAAGGCAAUUGCUGAACUUAUACCAAAAGAAGUUCCAGCCAUAGAAAAGAAGGGGAAGAAGGAUAAGGAAAAGAAGCCUAAUAUUAUUGUGAUUCAAGGCCCCAAACCAGGGAAGCCAACUGAUCUGUCCCGGAUGCGUCAAAUUCUUGUGAAGCUCAAACACAAACCACCUGGUCACAUGUUGCUGCCUCCACGUGAACCUCAAAAAGAUGCUAAAGCUCAAGAGCUGGAUCAACCAGCAGCCUCUACCUCCAUGUCUGAGAAUAACGCUGUAACUGCCGCUGCAAAGUAAGUUGCUGUCUCAAGUGUGUAAAUUCAUGUCCUUCUGAGUGUAGUCUUUGAACUUGGAUGAUAGCAUAUCCUAGUAUGCUGUGACAUGUAAGAAUAUGAAUAAAGAUGUGGUUCCUAUGUUUCUCUUUGUUUCCUUAGUCCCUUAGUUGUUCAUCUCCCCUUGUGCCGGCUGCAACACAGGGU